CUCUUGCCUACAGAGUUUCAAAAAUCUGGUGUAAGAAUCCCCUUCACCAAGCCAGACAUGACGGUGCAUGCCUGUAAUUCCACCACAUUGGUGGCUGGAUGAGGGUGGUGAAUUUGAGGCCAGUGUAGGUUACUUAGCAAGACCUAGUCUCUGAAACCAAAGCCAAGAUGGAGCUCGUGUUACAGGCCUGUAAUCCUGGCUACCCAGGAUGCUGAGGCAGGAGGAUUGAAAAUUGAAGGCUAGCCUGGGUAGCUUGGUGAGACCAUCUGGUACAAAGGACCGGAAAAACAGGUCAAUGAUAGAGUGUGUGUGUGUCUGACAUGUGUAAGGCCCCGUAUUCAGCCCUAAGUAUAGAGAAGAAUUUUUUUGUUUGUUUUUGUUUUUUUGAGACAGGGUUUUUCUGUAUAGCCCUGGCUGUCCUGAAACUCACUCUGUAGACCAGGCUGACCUCGAACUCAGAAAUCUGCCUGCCUCUGCCUUCCAGAGUGCUGGGAUUACAGGCGUGCGCCACCACUGCCCAGCUUAGAGAAGAAGUUCUACUUCUGCUCUCCAAACAGUUUCAGUAUUGUUUCCAAUCCUCUUCACUUGUGUGAUAUAAACAGCAUGCUAAUUUAGGAGACUAGUUUAAAAUCUUGUGUUCUUAGCUUGGCAGUGUCUUCCAGAAGGCCAGAGCCGUGUUUGUCACUGAGCCUGGUGUCAGCUCACUAAGCCUGAGCCUCAGAGUCUGGUGGGGAGAGGGUGAGCAGAAUCCUAGUCCCAUGGUCACCCCAGACACUGGGCUGCUGGCCAAAACCCUGGUUUUGCGAGUGGCCACAGUUAGACGCUGCUACAGACCACAGGGGCUAAAGGGGCGGGUUGGGGAGCGUGCGUGUGGCUUUCUGUUCUUGGCUUCCUCCAUUUCCACGUGCAGCAGAUGUCGCUUCAGUACUGCACCUAUGCUUCAAGAAUGACAUGGAGCCGAAAACAGUGCCUAGCGUGUGAAGACAGCCAGAGAUAGCCCCAGGGCCUGGAAUGAUCUUGAGUCAACCUCCUCUCUGGAUCCGCUUUUCCUUGUGAGAGAGGACGAACUACGGGGCAUUUGAUCUUUGAGACCAGAUACCACGCAGUUUCCAGACGGGACAGGAAGUGUCCAGAGGAGGUGGAAGUGAUUGGCAGUUGGAGGCUCCAAUGGGCCGAAAGCCCCCACCCUGCUUCACCUCUCUCGUUCUAUUGGCGCUGGAAGGAGCCGCCCCCACUGCCGUAGCUCAGCCCUGGAGGGAGCAGAGGCCGGGGCAGAGGGUGAGGGCGGAGGGCGCUGGCGGCGGCUGCCGCAGAAGAUGAGCAGCAGCUGCUCAGGGCUGACCAGGGUCCUGGUGGCCGUCGCUACAGCCCUGGUGUCUUCCUCCUCCCCCUGCCCCCAAGCUUGGGGUCCUCCAGGGGUCCAGUAUGGGCAGCCUGGCAGGCCCGUGAUGCUGUGCUGCCCUGGAGUGGAUGCUGGGACUCCAGUGUCUUGGUUUCGGGACGGCGACUCAAGGCUGCUCCAGGGACCUGACUCUGGACUAGGACACAGACUGGUCUUGGCCCAGGCGGACAGCCACGACGAAGGCACUUACGUCUGCCGGACCCUGGAUGGUGUUUUGGGGGGCAUGGUGACCCUGAAGCUGGGCUUUCCCCCAGUGCGUCCCGAGGUUUCCUGCCAAGCAGUAGACUAUGAAAACUUCUCCUGUACUUGGAGUCCAGGCAAGGUCAGCGGUUUGCCCACCCGCUACCUUACUUCCUACAGGAAGAAGACUCUCCCAGGAGCUGAGAGUCAGAGGGAAAGUCCAUCCACCGGGCCUUGGCCAUGUCCACAGGACCCUCUGGAGGCUUCCCGAUGUGUGGUGCAUGGGGCAGAGUUCUGGAGUGAAUACCGGAUCAAUGUGACGGAGGUGAACCCACUGGGGGCCAGCACAUGCCUACUGGAUGUGAGACUGCAGAGCAUCUUGCGUCCUGAUCCCCCCCAAGGACUGCGGGUGGAAUCGGUACCUGGCUACCCGAGACGCCUGCGUGCCAGCUGGACAUACCCUGCCUCCUGGCAUCGCCAACCCCACUUCCUGCUCAAGUUCCGGCUGCAGUACCGUCCAGCGCAGCAUCCAGCCUGGUCCACGGUGGAGCCCAUUGGCUUGGAGGAGGUGAUCACAGAUGCUGUGGCUGGGCUGCCCCAUGCGGUCCGAGUCAGUGCCAGGGACUUUCUGGAUGCUGGCACCUGGAGUGCCUGGAGCCCAGAGGCCUGGGGUACUCCUAGCACUGGUCCCCCGCAGGAUGAGAUACCUGAUGGGAUCCAGGGACAUGAGCAGCAGCUAGAGGCAGUGGCUCAGGAGGACAGCCCCACUCCUCCAAGGCCUUCCUUGCAGCCAGACCCAAGGCCACUUGAUCACAGGGACCCCUUGGAACAAGUGGCUGUGUUAGCAUCUCUGGGAAUCUUCUCUUUCCUUGGCCUGGCUGUUGGAGCCCUGGCGCUAGGGCUCUGGCUGAGGCUGAGACGGAGUGGGAAGGAAGGACCUCAAAAACCUGGGUUCUUGGCGCCAAUGAUUCCGGUGGAAAAGCUUCCAGGAAUUCCAAACCUGCAGAGGACCCCAGAGAACUUCAGCUGAUUUCAUCCGUAAUCCCUGUCAGACUUGGGUGGUUAAAGCGACAGGAGAAAGAGGCAGGGCAGUGGAUCCCUGUGGAUGGAGGUCUCAGCUGGAAGUGUGCAGCCCUUUUCUUGGACACCUAUACUCCUAACUUGCUGCCGGCUGAAUGCUCUCUGGACCUGAUGUCAUCCUUGAGGUGGAAGUGCACCUGAGGAAUGUGUACAGAAGUCUGUGCUUCUGUGACCGUGUGUAUGUGAGACGGGGAACAGAAGUUCUCUGUCUGUGUGUGUACAGAUGAUUGGAGAGUGUGUGGUCUUGGGCUUAGCCCUUCUGGAGAGUGUGAAGAAUUGAAAUAAAAGAGAGAGAAGUUUUUGGA